UGAAAAUCAGGUCAUUGUGUGCCUGUCAAACAAUCAGCUGGGCAGUUUUCCGAUUUCUUUUCUGAAAUAUGAAAUAGGCUUGCAGCAGCAAAAAUGCGGGGGAAAGCUACUCCUAAAAAAGCCUCACCCAGGGGCGCACAGGGCAACGCUAACAUCAACAUUAAAGCCAGAGAAAAGACACAUUUGAAGGUGUUAAAACAAAUAGGGAGACCGACUAAAACUCCGACUGGGAAAGGACUCGGGAAAGCAGGAGCCAAGCGUUUGGGCCGACUAUUGAAACGAGCCAUCCAGGUCCAGGAGGAGGUCAGCGCGAAGGGGAAAGUGUCUUCUCUGCCGAAGACUCCUGUUCGCCUUUUCAAGCAUCAGAUUAAAAGUGGGGUCGAGAAUGCACCCAAGACAAACACUGCAAGGCCCGCCUCGCCUCAGGUCUCCCAGCUCAUCCUCAGUGUGGUCUCUCAAUGCAAACACCGAGGUGGCAUGUCUAUGGCCGAGCUCAAGCAGACGCUGGCUGCUGAGGGCUACAAUGUCACCAAGAACAGCAGGAAGGUGAACGUGGUGACUAAAAGGCUGGUUAACAAUGAGGCACUUGUACGAACUACAAGAAGUAUAUCAUUCAGACUCAACAAUAAGAAACAGACAGACACAAAGCAAGUAAAACCAAAAGAUGUGAAGCUGAUCAAAACAGCCAUCAAAUCCUCCAAAGAAGCCGAAAAGUCACAGAGACAAGCCAGAAAGACUCCCGAACCAAAAAGCGAGACUCCCAAACCAGCAGCCAGAUCGCACAAGCCAACCGGCACAACUCAUAAAGCUGUUACCGGAUCGCACAAGCCAACCGGCACAAGAUCGCACAAGCCAACCGGCACAAACGCACUAAAGGUUACCGAUGCGCAGCAAGCCAACGCGGCGCGAGCGAACUGCAUAAAGCCUUUUAGCCGUGGACGCACAAGCCAACCGGGCACAAACUCAUAA